AUGCAUCUGACAGUUGAGAAUGAGUUACUAGUUGCAAUUGCAAAGUAUACCGAUCGGCCUCCGAGGCAUUCCUGGCGGUUGCGCCGCGCGUUUGGGAAAUUCAAAAAUUUAUCACCAUUCAAGCACCGCAACCCAACACUCCUCUCCUCGCAUAUGGCCGCCGCCGCCGCGGACGAUUCCUCGCCGCCGCAGCCGGGAGGAUGGAUCGCCGGCCUUGUCUCCGGCGCCGGCCGCCUCCUCGCCGCCGUCCUCGGCCCGGAAUCCUCCGCCGCCUCCUCCUCCUCCUCCUCCUCCCAAGAGUCGUCGCAAUCCCAAAUGCUGUGUGAAAGCGCGCCCUUAUUCCGUGCUGUCUCGUGGAGGCCGCCUCGCGCUAGUGGUGAUCAUGGUAAUGGGGCACAUUUUGCAUCCGACGAUUAUCAGUACAAGGUAUGGCCGCUUCUUCUUUUUUUUUUUUUGCAUCUGUAA